AUGACCUCAACAGCACCUACCUCUGCCAAACGGAUGUCCAUGUCAAAAUCACCCUCCAGCUCCCCUACCUCCACUAUGUCCUCACCAAGAUCCUUCACACCACCACCCUCAGGUUCACUAGCAGGACGUCAUGUCAUCUACCGCGGACUCCAGACCAGCUCCAUGGAAUACAUGUCGUUGACACACUCCCGGCACGCAGACGCAGCACACAUGAUCAAGGGCGAGAUCCUGAUCUCUGGCGCACAGUCGGGCUAUAUCCAGUAUUCGAUCGUGCUCGACCAUGAAUGGAUGACCCGCAAGGUCAAGGUGUCGGCCAUGUUUGCAGGACACGAAAAGCGGCUCGUCCUCGAAGUCGACCAGGAGCAGCGGUGGUACAAAGUCACAGAGCUUCGUCAGGCACGGAGCCGGAGCUUUUAUCGAUCCGGCCUCUCACUCUCCCAAGGUUCCACGAACGAGAUCAGCUCGAGCAGCGAAUCUAGUCCGAGCAGGAGCAUAGACGAUGGCAGCAGUAGUGACAGUUCUAAGAGCCAUUGCAAUAUGCAGGAUGCCGACGCCAGUCUCUCCGACUCUUCUGCCAGCUGUUAUUCAUCGUCUUCAGAUUCAGAGUGCUCUAUCCCCUUUGAAAAGAUCAAUCUGACCUGGACGCCGCCACCCAAGGGCACCAAGCGGGCCUCGAAGCGGUUCUCGUCCAUGAAUCUCCUUGGCAAGAUUUCUGCUAAUGCAGCAGCCGCAUCGCCGUCUGAACCAACGCCCACCUCCUCUCAUGAUACCCAGUCCGCCUUCCCCUUAACCCCUUCCUCAACGACCUCCUCGCCUUCUUCCCCUUCCUCUCAAACGCCGACGAUACCCUUGACUGCAUCUCCCUCCUCGACCAUCACCACAGCAUCGCAGCAGAGUCCCGCCCUUAGUUUCGCCUCCUCUUCGAAGUUGACCCGGACAUUCUCGUCUUCAAGCCAAUCAGGACUCAAGAAGUACGAGCACCUCGCCCACCUCGAUGGCUGCACGCAGCUCGAUCUUGGAUACGAGACCAGUCCCAGCACCUUGCUCUUCCCCCUCCGGAGAGCGACCUUGGGCGUCGAUCCCGAAAAGAUGCGCGACCAUCUCGAGUCCCUCUCAGCCGAUGGAGCCUCGACGACCGAAAAGACAGCUCUGAUCUCGUUCCCCGAUCUGGAGCUCAAGGUUGUGCAGCAGCACCUUGCCUUUGCCGGUCCCGGUCGUCAAGCCAACGACAGUCUUGUCGAGUGCUGGCAGGACGACGAAGAUGAGUCGAUGUUGAUUGAAGUCGAUGGCGACGGCUUUGUUAUCCGGGAUGGCUACAACUGGGCCCGAAUUCCCUCCUCGUAA